CAGCAAUGGCGGCGGAAGGCGCAGAGGAUCUGAGCAACGACGGGGAUCUCGCAAACCGUCCAGAACAUAACGAGCCUGAAGAUGCAGACCUUCCCAAACCUGAUGAUGAGGAGGAGACCGGAGGAGCAGAUGGAGGAGAUCCAGAUCCAGUCGUCCCAACAGCAUCCAUCACCACAGGAGGAGAAGAGGAAGAAGGAGAAAUGCCUGCAGACUUCGAGAGACUUUGGAAAAUUACCAGCGACAAUCCUCAAGAUUUCAACAGCUGGACUGACCUUCUGCAGUACUGCGAACAAGAGGGCCACAUGAGAGCUUCCCGUCAAGCUCUGAAUGCGUUUCUGCUGAGGUAUCCUCUGUGUUAUGGUUAUUGGAAAAAGUUUGCAGAUCUUGAGAGACGAGCAGGACAUAAUGAGAAAGCUGAAGAGGUGUGUGAACGAGGUUUGAAGUCAAUCCCUCUCAGUGUUGAUCUCUGGAUCCAUUACAUCAACCUGCUGCUGGGAACACUCAACAUGAACCUGCCUGAAUCAACACGGCGCAUCCGCAGUGUGUUUGAGGAGGCGGUUUCAGCUGCUGGCUGGGACUUCCAUUCAGACAGACUAUGGGAUCUGUACGCAGAGUGGGAGAAAGAGCAGAACAACCUGACCUUCAUGACCAGGAUCUACGACCGAGUACUCGGCGUCCCCACACACCACUACAACACACACUAUGAGAAACUGAAAACUCACCUGAACUCGUGGCCGCCUCAGGACACGGUGUCUCCUAAGGAGUUCAGUAAGGUGAGGGCCGAGUACAAACAGAGCCAGAUCCAAGCCAAAAAAGAGAGGUCAAGUGAAAUCAGUCCUGAUGAAGAGGAGAGACCGCCAGGCGAUGAAGAGCAUGUAGACAAUGGCAAGGACUCGGAAGAAGCCGUGCAGAAGAUGCAGGAGCUCCUGUUAGUCAGCAGAGAGCAAGUGUACCAACAAAAUGAGGCAGAAGUCAGGAAGAGGUGGAACUUUGAGGAAUCUAUUAAAAGGCCGUACUUCCACGUGAAGCCUCUGGAUCGAGCCCAGCUGAAAGCCUGGCACAGUUAUCUGGACUGGGAGAUAGCAGAAGCUGAAACUGCUGCAGGAAAUAAUAAUAAUGAAGCUGUGGAGGGCGAUGAAGGCUCAAAACAAGCAUGUGUGGCUGGACACAACAGAGUAAUUAUCUUGUUUGAGCGCUGUCUCGUCGCUUGUGCACUCUAUGAGGAAUUCUGGAACAGAUAUGUGCAUUAUUUGGCACCGUGGGGUCUGGAGGAGGUGCGUAACGUGUACCGCAGAGCUUGCCAAAUCCAUCUUCCAUACAAGCACAGCAUCCAUUUACAGUGGGCCUUGUUUGAGGAAAAACACGGUAAUAUUUCCGAGGCGCAGCGCAUUCUAGAGUCUCUUGAGUUGUCAAUGCCUGGUCUGGCUGCAGUGCGUUUGGGGAGGGUUGGUCUGGAGAGAAGAACGGGCCAUCUGGAUGUGGCGGAGUCCCUGCUAAAGGAGACGGUGGAUCAGAGUAAACACCAGCCCUCACUUCAUGCCUUCUACUCUAUUAAACUGGCUCGAUUCCUUCACAAGCUGUGCAAGAGCCCUGGAAAAGCCCGCGCUGUCCUGCAGGAGGCAAUAGAGCUGAGUCCGGAUAACGGUCGACUGUAUCAGAAUCUUCUGGAGCUGGAGUUGUGUGGUGACCUGCGGGUUAAUGGCGCUGGGGUUCAGCAGUGUGUGGCUAAAGCUCUGGCUGCUCCGCUCUCCCCGAAAACCAAAAUCCGUUUCUCCCAGCGUGGCCUGCAGUUUGCUGAGGACUUUGGCACCACAGUACAAAGUGUGUUGAGUUUGCAUGAGGAGCACCAGAAGCUGCUGAAAGAACAUGAUGCAAAGAGAGCAGCUGAGAACAGUGAUGAUGACCCAGAAAAGAUGAGCAAAAUGGACGAUGUACCCACCAUGCCACAGAUAGCACCGCCCACAAUACCUCAGGUUCCCAUGACGACACCGCCUCCCUCUAUGAUGGGUGGAGACAUGAGUGGGUCAUAUGGAAACUACAGCAGCUGGUACCAGCAGCAGUAUGGAGCUUAUGGCAGCUACCAAAACCCAUGGAGCCAGUACAGUCAGUACUAUCCUCCAAGCUAAAACCCUUCAGAGAUGGAGAUCUGGGCUUCAUGAGCUCACAUUUGCGGUCCUCCAGAAGCACAGCAGUGCGUGACCUGAGCCAGCGUCGAAAGAGUGAGGGAUGAAAUGCACAAACCUUAUUAUGCAUUUUAAAUGCUGAACUCUCUUUAUAGCAAGUUUUUGUACUUCAUGCCAAAGAACUGUG